CACAUGUGUUUUCGACUUACAUAUAACCGAGUGGAACGCGUGUGUGUGGUCAUCGUCCGAGGGGACGGCGGGCUGUGCCGGUUUCGGGGAAAAAAGUGGAAUAAUAAAAUAAUAUUAUUUCAGUGAUUAUAGCGAAAAUAAAUACUAUAACAAGUGGAGCUGCUGCCAACGAGGGGAAAGUUGAAUCGUCGGAAAAAAAAUUAAUGGUAGCCAUCGUCACAUGGUGGAAAUUUGCACCGGUUUUUCCACACUCACACAGAGCGCCGCCGGUGGCUUUAAUGAGUAGCAACAGCAGCAGGCGAUGAAACAUGGAUGACAAACGACAUUUAUUGCGGAAGUGAAUGGGAAGAGGCAGCAGCAGGCUAUCUUUCUUUCGUCGUUUCCUUUGUGCGCGUUGGCUCCAGAUUGGUAGGUUGGGCUAGAAGACGUCCCUCUCGAUUGCUACGGCGGACUCGUUUUUGUUGAAUGAAUGUGCCGAUUGGGACAGGUAGCGUCAGCAUUUCGUCUCUGUCUUCCAAGGCGAAGAAGAGGCGUUUGAAAAGAGUGAGCGAUGGAAGCGGAACAGAGUAAUAAAUGGUCGGUCCUGUACAACCCUCACUCAUGGAAAGCGCAUGAAUGAAAGAGUGUCUCUCUUUCGUUCGCUCGCACUGCGCUAGCCAGGACUGAAUGGAGGAGCAACAAAGAGGGAAGAUGUUUGAAUUGGAAAUCGUAACCAUGGUACACAGUUGAAUAGAGACCGUACACGUGCUUUCGGUGUAUUGGUGACCGUUUGAGCGAUCUGUUUUUACUGCUGCUGCUCGUUCCGUUGCUGCGCUUCGUUAAAUCAGUGUCUUGGCAGCAAGAAGUGAGGAAAAAUCAUCAUCAUCGGUCUCGCUAGCGUGCUAAUCGGGCGCAACUGUUUUUGUAUAUUUUUGGACGUCCAAGUGUGUUGAUAUGUUAUUUUAUCGCUGGAAACCGUCGCUGCAAUAGCAAAUUUAGCUCUCGACGAAACCAGCUCUGUCUGCGGUGUCUGGGUUUGGAACACAGGAAAUUUUGGGGUCCCCAGAACGUUAGAGCCAUCCUGUGCCGUGAGUGUGCCAACAGUGUCAGUUCGUUGGCUUCGGUCCCUGGCGGUGGUACAUGUGUGUUUUUUGUUGUUUAUGAUAAUAAAGUAAAAUUUUGAUUGAAAACAAUGUCGGUGUGAUAUUUACCUUCGACCGUCUCGCCUUUUUCGUAAUGUGCUGGGGUUUUUAUUAUUAUUGAAAGCAAGACGAUUAGUGACAGUGAGCGGCAAGUGGGCCAAAGCGCUGAGGAAAAAACAGUUUAGCGGAAAAAAUAUUUGCGUACCAAUUUGUUGUGGAAGAAAAUAUUGUUCGGGAUAACAAAUUUAGCUGUUUCCCUAGAAAACAAUCAGUGAGAGUGCUUUAAACGCUACUUGUUUUUUCUGUAAAGUGAGAAGCUCUUGGGCUAAGAAGUGAUUUGAAAAUGCAUACUCUGUUCACGGAUCAGAACAGCUUUCCGCGCCACUAUGGCCACGCUCAGCCGGGAUAUCCGACGAAUACGGCGACGAUGGCAUCUGCCCAUCAUUAUACCUACGAUCAAUACUCGCGAUAUACUUAUGCUGGAUCGGCCUACGCUUUAACGUCUCCGCACCAGAAUAAGGAAAUGGUGAAACCACCCUAUUCGUACAUAGCGCUGAUUGCGAUGGCCAUCCAGCAAUCACCGGAUAAGAAAGUGACCCUAAACGGAAUCUAUCAAUGGAUUAUGGAACGUUUUCCCUACUAUCGAGAUAACAAACAGGGCUGGCAGAAUUCGAUCCGGCACAAUCUCAGUCUAAACGAGUGUUUCGUCAAAGUGCCACGUGACGAUAAAAAACCCGGAAAAGGUAGCUACUGGACACUGGACCCAGACUCUUACAACAUGUUUGACAACGGGUCGUUCCUUCGGCGUAGGCGUCGCUUCAAGAAAAAAGACGCCAUGAAGGAAAAGGAAGAAUUGAUCAAGCGACAAACCAUGAUGUUGGAAGAUAAGAUGGCAGAUAUCAAACCGAUCAAAAUAAUGGGAGCCACCCAUCUGGAUAACAAACAUCUCAGCCAUCAGUUCAAGCGGGAACCCGGGCUGGACCUGGCUACCCAAUGUAUGAUGAAAGAUACCCUUGGCCCUAGCAUUCUGAACUCCUGCCACGAUACUCUCGCCUCCCAGAUGAAUCACCUAACAGCCACCGAUCAUGGAUUUUCCGUAGACUCCCUAAUGAACGUCUACAACCCUAGGCUACACCAUACAUCAUAUCCCUAUCACUUCAACGAAGACAACCUGGUGACCACGUCUAGUCAACUGCGGCAUCACCACAGCUCCGUUCAUCAUCCUCCACCGCCACCUCACGGAGGUUGGUACACCCCGGAAACUCCACCGGAAUCGAUCGGGAACACUUCCGGAGGCAGCACCUCGACGCCCAGCAUCCCAACGACGACGCCCACCUCGGUCGGUUUUCGGGACAUGGUAUUCGAUCACAGUCAAACCAACUGCCAAAUGGAUACGGGGAGUCCCAGCAACAGCAUCACCUCCGCCAGCCCUCCGGUCAUUCCUGGCACGACGUCCAGCUCCAUAGCCCCGGCGGCUGUCUCCUCUGGACACCUAGCGACCGGCAAUCUGAGCCACCUGGGCCACUAUCGGUCCCACAUGGGCUACUAUCAGGACUGCGGCAUCAAAUACGGCGUGUAAAGGUAUCGUAUCCGAUCGUCAGUUUUUCGAAUCUCUCGUGUGAGGUGCUCUAUAGAAUUGAACCUCUCCUCAGAGAUUCGACUUGUACAGUUUUCGCGAAUAAGUUUAGCAUCCAAUCAUCAACGACUGAAUCGAGAGUUUAAUUUAUUUGCAAUUUACGUCCAAUCUAGUAGAAUAAGAAAUCACACACACUACAUAUAUCUUCGUAUGUCAUUCCCGAACAUUGCACAGCGACAGCGAAAUUCUCUCUCCAAUCAAUUGUCUUAGCUAAACGCAAAUCAACUGUCAUAUCUAAAAGAUUUUGUUUCUGUAAAAACAACCAAUCAACGAAGCAUUACACUGUUAAAUUGAAACUGAUGUAUUUUUUUUAAAAUAAAUGUUCAAUCACCUUGAGUCGAGCCAGUCAAGGUUCAAAGAUUACCGUUUUUAAAAAAAGGUACGUGUUCCGUAGCAAUUCAAACCAUCUCUUAACUAGAAGAAUAAGCGCGAUCGUUCCACCACCAUUUGUACAUAGCAUAGCGAGUAGUUGUCCGUUUUUAAGGUGAAAUUAAAAGAAAAAAGAAUCAAAAUAAAAAUCUAAACAGCCGUUAGAAUUUGUUCCACACCAACCGCUUUCCGUUGAACGAUGUUAGUAAAUACCGCUGAAGUUGAGUGAUUGCGAAUUACCGAAACUUCAUAAUAAACUGUAUCUCAAAACAAACCUAGAAAAAUCGCUUGAAACAGGAACAGAAGAUUUGAACACAAAACACAAAAGCAAUGUGAUGUUCCGGCAAUGAAACUGUGAGAUUAUUUUAUGUUUUUAGCAUACAAAAAAAAAGAUUUUAAAAAAUACCCUGGAAAAUGGCUGCGCGAGUGUGAGUUGUACGAAACCACGAAUCAAAAUUGUGAGGACCCCUUUAUUAUUUCGUUAUUUUCUCUGUUCGAUAAGUGUAAAAUCAUAUUAAAUUUUCUGUACCCAGUCGCGGUUGAAAGCGAUUUUCCGCUCGCAGUUUUUCACCCUUCAACUCAAAUUCAACAAACGAGAGCUUAAACACAGGGGAAAAAUUCAACGAGAAAAUGAAAAACUUAAGGAUGGGUUCGUUAGGAUAGCGAACCCCUGAAUCUGAAUGUGCAAAACAAACGAACGGAUGCGGUUUUUUUCCGGUGUAACUGAAAAAAAGUCUAUGGAUUCCUAUCUCUCUGUAUGUGCAAGAAUGUUUAACACUGUAAAAGCUAGUAUUAAAGGAAAUAGAAUCAAAUUAAUUAUAUUAAACGAGAUGAUGAAAGA